GAUUCAUUUUGAAUUUGAAAUUCAUACGAUUCAUUACGUUGUUCGUAAUUUUUUUGUUUGUGUGCGCAAUUUAUUAACAUACUCGAUUCAAUAAUGAUGAUGAAAUUUAUUAUGAUUAUGAUCGCCACAACAGUGGCAUUGGUCAAUGCUGCACCAAAACCACAGAUACAAUAUUCACAAACAUAUGGUGGUGCUGGUGCUCUUGGUCCAUUAUCAACAGGUCAUUUUCAACCAGUAUCACGAUCAUAUGUUGCUUCGGUCGCUCCAGUAGCACCAAUUGCUAUCACAGCAGCUAAACCAAUUGUUUACACGGGUCCAAUUGUUGCACCAAGACCAAUAGCUGCACCGGUUGCCGUUCCAGUUGCCUAUACAGCUUCAGCAAAACCAAUUCGAUAUUCAGCACCAGCAGCUGCAAUAGUCGAACAAGAAGAACAAUAUCCACCACAACCAUUCAGUUAUUCAUAUGAUACUGUUGAUGAAUAUGGUACACAGAUGACUAGACAAGAAUCCGGAGAUGGUGCAGGAACUGUACGUGGUUCAUAUUCAUAUCGUGAUGCAAAUGGUAUGGCUCGUAUCGUUAAUUAUAUUGCCGAUCACAAUGGUUUCCGUGCUGAAAUUCAAACUAAUGAACCCGGUACACUUACAUCAGCACCAGCCGAUGCAGCUAUCGUUUCAUCGAAUCCACCUGUUUAUAAACAAAAAUAAAUAUCAAUUCUCUGAUAUAAAUUUCAAAAUAAUUAACCGGAUUGAUUAUCAAUUUAUAU